AUGAGGUUGUUGAUGACCGCGAUCAAUGCUAGUACAACAACUGUAGAUGUAGUUGGUGUUGUAGUUGUCGCUGUGUUUGGAGUGCGGUUGUCUCCAGUAGUAGUGGUGGUAGUGGUAGUAGUAGUUGACGUGGAAGUAGUCGCAGAAGUAGUAGAAGUAGUGCUGGUAGUAGUGGUUGGAGCACCGCAUGUUGUUGGAGGACUUUGGCAUGUGUUGCUUGAAGCACACCAGAGACAACCACUGAUAGCACUACAGGCGUCUGAAGCAUUGAGUGUUGUGCAGAAUGAUGAUGGUCUCUCACAAUACGCACCAACAUAG